AGACCCCCAUUCUAAUGCCAAAUGUUUUUUUUUUUAUUUAUUCUUUUACCCACACAAGCUACUUUUCAGCCAGCCAUCUCAUCGUUUGCAAUAAAACUUCAAGGCUGAAAUCGAUCCAUACGACGAACAGACUUGGCAAUGGUUGCCUCAAGAAUACUUUUCUUCCUGUUCUUGAUUUUUGUACUAGUUUAUCAGGCCACAACCCAGCCAAGUUUCAUAUACCAUUCCUGUUCAAACAACACUGGUAAAUAUACCAGUAAGAGUACAUACAAGGCGAACCUUGACCACCUCCUCGCCUCUAUCUGCUCUAACACUGGUAAUGACAGCGGGUUUAAGCCUGAUUCUUAUGGACAAGACCUUGACAAAGUUUAUGCGAUCGGGUUCUGUAGAGGAGAUCUCAAGCCAGACGUUUGCCGUAGUUGCCUCAAUGAUUCUAGAUUUGCUCUCACACAACUUUGUCCCAAUCAAAAGGAGGCAAUAGGAUGGUACGACAAUUGCUCGUUGCGCUUCUCAAACCGCUCCAUGUUAUGCGUUGAGGAAAGUGCCCCUAAUUACUUUAUGUGGGACACCAAGAACGAAUCGGAUAAUGUAUAUGGGUAUGGUGAUUUCAUCAGGAUCCUAUUUAGUAGCAUAAUAAGGGAUGCUGCAUCAGGUGUUUCUCUCAAGUUUGCGACGACGACCACGGUCGCCUCCGCCCCCGACUUUAGCCCAAUAUAUGUUCUUGCGCAGUGCACUCCCGAUUUAUCGGAGCAAGACUGCCGUGAUUGUUUAGAUUUGAUUCAUGCCCAAAUUCCACGUUUUGGUCUUGGACAUGCAGGUGGGAGAGCAUAUACACCUAGCUGUAAUUUCAGGUUUGAGACAUACCCUUUCUUCGAUGUCGCAGCUGUUGUGCAGUCGCCGCAUCUCCCACCGGUACUGCCUCCUCCACCGCCUCCUCCACCGGUACUGCCUCCUCCGUUGAUAAAAGGAACUAAGAGAGACACUACAACUCGAACUGUCAUCGUCGUUGUGCCCACUCUUGUUUGUAUCAUGCUGGUCAUCAGUAAUAUUUAUAAAUUUGUUUUAAGAGGGAGGAAGCGCAAGGAUAAUUUUGAAACCAUUGACGAAAUGGGAAACGUAGAAUCCCUGCAAUUUGAUUUUGACAUUAUUAAAGCUGCCACAAGCGACUUUUCUGCUGCAAAUAAGAUUGGAAAAGGGGGAUUUGGGCCCGUUUAUAAGGGUAAGCUUUCCAAUGGACAAAAGAUAGCAGUAAAAAGACUAUCAAAAAACUCUGGACAAGGAGAUUUGGAAUUUAAGAAUGAAGUUGUAUUAGUGGCCAAGCUCCAACACCGGAAUUUAGUUAGGCUCCUUGGGUUUUGCAUGGAAGGGAAUGAACGUCUUCUUGUGUAUGAGUUCCUGCCAAACAGAAGCCUUGAUCACUAUAUAUUUGAUCCCAAGAAGAGUGCAAAUCUAGAUUGGGAGAGUCGAUAUAAAAUUAUAGAAGGCAUUGCUCGAGGGCUUUUAUACCUACAUCAGGAUUCUCGACUUCGGAUUAUUCAUCGUGAUCUCAAAGUUGCUAAUGUUCUAUUAGAUAUAAAAAUGAAUCCUAAGAUUUCAGAUUUUGGACUGGCAAGGAUGUGUGUGCUGGAUCAGAUUGAAGGCAGUACAAACAGAAUUGUGGGGACCUAUGGAUAUAUGGCACCGGAAUAUGCAAUGCGUGGGCAAUUCUCGAUCAAGUCAGAUGUCUUUAGUUUUGGUGUACUAAUGCUGGAGAUUGUAAGUGGUAAAAAAAUUACAUCUUUCCAUGAAGGGGAGAACUCUCUUCUAAGCUAUGCUUGGAAAAACUUGAGAGAGGGGACAGCUGUGAAUCUCAUAGAUCUCACAUUGAGGAGUGAUCCACUGAGCGAAAUGAUACGAUGUAUUCACAUUGGAUUGCUGUGUGUUCAAGCAAAUGUUGCAGACAGACUAGACAUGGCUUCAGUUGUUUCCAAGCUUAAUAGCAAUUCCAUUGCUCUCCCUCUGCCCAAACAACCACCAAACUUUAUGCAAAAUGAGGUUCCAUUAGCCACAUCAAUGAAACUGGACACGGAUUGCAGGCCGGUGAGUCAGUAUGAUGUUUCGAUUACCGAGUUAUAUCCUAGGUAGUGUUCUGUGGGUGUAGCCACGGUGUACUUGUUUUGUGCAAAUUUUAGUUGCUAUUAUAUAUGAUUCAUUUGAUGCUUUAAGGUAUUAGUCUUCUCUGACUUUUGAUUCAA